AUGCCUAUCAAACUAUCAUAUUCAUCGCAUGAUAGUGUUGAUUUGACUAGGCUACGUUGGCGUUUCGUGAUAUGUACUGCUUCAUUCUAUGUUAAUGCUAUUACAUGGGGAUUUAUUUCUUCAACUGGCAUUUUCGAAGACGCACUCAAAAAUACUUAUCAAUUAUCAUCAUUUAAAUCGACUCUGCCAGGUUCUAUACAAAUAGCUACCAUGUCUGCAUUGAGCGUCUUUGCCAGUGUAUUGACGAUGAAGUAUGGGGUGCGAUGGACAAUAAUGUCUGGAGCUUUUAUUUCAGCGAUUGGUUCGAUAUUAGCAGCUGUGAUUGGAUAUUAUUGGGCUUAUUGUUUAUGCUAUGGAGCUCUUGUUGGUGCUGGUGAAGCUUUUAUGCUUGUACCUGCCGUUUUGGCCAUUCCGCCUUAUUUUCACUUUAAUCGUGUUUCAUUAGCAACUGCCUCAGCUGUAAGUGGUGCAUCGAUUGGAAUGUUCGGAAUUCCUUUUCUACUUCAAUAUCUUCUUGAAUCAUAUGGUCUUCAUGGAGCAACACUUUUAGGAAGUUGUUUAUGGUUAAGUAUUGGUCUAGCCGGUGCCCUCUUCGGUCAAAGUGUCAUCAGUAUUGAAGAUGAAACUAUUACAAUACUUGAAAAUGAAUCCGAUGUAACAAGAACAGAAAAUGAAGGAGGAUGUUCUAUAGUUAUGAGACGUCACUCUAACCUAUCCAAUGGUGGAUUAAUAUAUAGUCGACGAAUAUCUCUUUUACCAACUUCUGUUCAUUAUCAGAAACAACAACAACAACGCAAACGUAUAUCAUCACUGUGUCCACAAUAUCAUAAUCAAGAUACAUUGAUAGUUAACACACCUACUAUUUUAGAAGGAUUUAAAUCGAAUCAUGUAGAUAUAUCAAAUAGCUCAAUAAACUCAUUACCCAUCAUAAUUGAAUCUCAUACACUUCAAUCAAUGAAUACUAGUUCACGUUCAUUAAUUCCUCACAAUGAUCACAAUCGCUUAUCAACAUUGACUGCUGCAUACGAAGCUCGUACGGUUGAUAAUGCCAUUUACAAACAAAUUAGUACAUUGCAACAACAAGAACGCACACAAAUUAAAUUAAAUUCAACGAAAGAUAAUGAAUAUUUUCAUUGUAAAAUCAUCUCAGAAAUUUAUUCUUUACUUAAUAUUAAGAUCUUUCGUGUGUUAACUAUUUCGAUAAUUCUUGUUUGGUCACUGGAUGAAACAAAUUUUCUAUUUCUCAUCGGUCUACUUCAAUCAUCCGGGUAUUCAGAACAACGAUCAACAUUAUUAAUUUCUAUAAUAGGUGUGGCUGAUCUAAUAGGACAAUUAUUUUUCGGAUAUUUGGGUGACAUUGAAUGCAUUGACCCGUUUAUUCUAUGGACAUGCACAUCUGUUAUUGCUGGUUUAACACUUAGUAUAACUCCAUUAAUUGGAUCUUAUGGGAUUAUUGGUUUAUGCAUAAUUUUUGCUAUUCAUGCUUUCUUCCUUGCUGCUCCAAAUGCACUUGGUAAUAUUAUUAUGAUAGAAAUCGUUGGCAUGCAUCGUUAUCCUGUGGCUUAUGCUUUUAGUUUGUUUGUUAGUGGAUUAACAUCUCUAUUUGGUUAUCCAUUACUUGGUUUGCUAAAGGAUAAAACACAAAGUUGGAUAAUACCAUUCGCACUUGUUGGUGUAAUUAUGAUAUUUGGUGGUCUCGUUGUGGGAACUAUUCCAUUAUAUACAUUUUAUCAGACGCAGAAAAGAAAAUCAAUUGAAAUACCUAUGAGUAUAGAAUCAUCGAUUCGUGUUUAA